UGCCCUCGAACUCCUGGGCUCACUCCAUCCUCCCUCCUCAACCUGCCAAGUAGCUGGGACCACAGGUGUGCUCCAGCGUGCCCGGCUCCUACUGCAUCCUAUUUACCCACUCAUCGUUAGAUGUGCGCUUGGAUUUCUCCCACCUUUUGGAUAUGGCGGAUAGUGCUACUGUGAGCUUUGGUGUCAGAAUGGAAGCAAGGAAAGGAAAUCGGCUGACCCAGGAGCCCGAGUGAGACCCGCAGACUUGCAGACACAACCUACACCAUGAACUUGAGUCCACCUUCUAUGUGUUGAGAGCCAAGGGCAGGUGAAGUUGCCAGAGAGCAAUGGCUCUUUUUACUCCCUGGAAGUUGUCCUCUCAGAAGCUGGGCUUUUUCCUGGUGACUUUUGGCUUCAUUUGGGGUAUGAUGCUUCUGCAUUUUACCAUCCAACAGCGAACUCAGCCUGAAAGCAGCUCUGUGCUGCGGGAGCAAAUCCUGGACCUCAGCAAAAGGUACAUCAAGGCACUGGCAGAAGAAAACAGGAAUGUGGUAGAUGGGCCAUACGCUGGUGUCAUGACAGCUUAUGACCUGAAGAAAACUCUUGCUGUACUAUUGGACAACAUUUUGCAGCGUAUUGGCAAGCUAGAGUCGAAGGUGGACAAUCUCGUUAUCAAUGGCACAGGAACAAACUCGACCAACUCCACCACAGCUGUUCCCAGCUUGGUAGCACUUGAGAAAAUUAAUGUAGCAGAUAUCAUUAAUGGAGCUCAAGAAAAAUGUGUAUUGCCUCCUAUGGAUGGCUACCCCCACUGCGAGGGGAAGAUCAAGUGGAUGAAAGAUAUGUGGCGCUCGGAUCCCUGCUACGCAGACUAUGGAGUGGAUGGGUCCACCUGCUCUUUUUUUAUUUACCUCAGUGAGGUUGAAAAUUGGUGUCCUCAUUUACCUUGGAGAGCAAAAAAUCCCUACGAAGAAGCUGAUCAUAAUUCAUUGGCGGAAAUUCGUACGGAUUUUAAUAUUCUCUACAGCAUGAUGAAAAAGCAUGAAGAAUUCCGGUGGAUGAGACUCAGGAUCCGGCGAAUGGCUGAUGCGUGGAUUCAAGCAAUCAAGUCCCUGGCAGAAAAGCAGAAUCUUGAAAAGAGAAAACGGAAGAAAGUCCUCGUUCACCUGGGACUCCUGACCAAGGAAUCUGGAUUUAAGAUCGCGGAGACGGCAUUCAGUGGUGGCCCUCUCGGUGAAUUAGUUCAGUGGAGUGAUUUAAUUACAUCUCUGUACUUACUGGGCCAUGACAUUCGGAUUUCAGCCUCACUGGCUGAGCUCAAGGAAAUUAUGAAGAAGGUAGUGGGGAACCGAUCCGGCUGCCCUACUGUAGGAGACAGAAUCGUCGAGCUCAUUUAUAUUGAUAUUGUAGGACUCGCUCAGUUCAAGAAAACCCUGGGACCAUCCUGGGUUCAUUACCAGUGUAUGCUCCGAGUCCUUGAUUCCUUUGGAACUGAACCAGAGUUUAAUCAUGCGAAUUAUGCCCAGUCUAAAGGCCAUAAGACUCCCUGGGGAAAAUGGAAUCUGAACCCUCAACAGUUUUAUACCAUGUUCCCUCACACCCCAGACAACAGUUUUCUGGGGUUUGUGGUCGAGCAGCACCUGAACUCCAGCGACAUCCACCACAUUAACGAAAUCAAAAGGCAGAACCAGUCCCUUGUGUAUGGCAAAGUGGAUAGCUUCUGGAAGAAUAGAAAGAUCUACUUGGACAUCAUCCACACGUAUAUGGAAGUGCAUGCAACAGUUUAUGGCUCCAGCACAAAGAAUAUUCCCAGUUACGUGAAAAACCACGGCAUACUCAGUGGACGGGACCUGCAGUUUCUUCUCCGAGAAACCAAGUUGUUUGUUGGACUUGGGUUCCCUUAUGAGGGCCCAGCUCCCCUGGAGGCUAUUGCAAAUGGAUGUGCUUUUCUGAAUCCCAAGUUCAACCCACCCAAAAGCAGCAAAAACACAGACUUUUUCAUCGGCAAGCCAACACUGAGAGAGCUGACAUCCCAGCAUCCGUAUGCUGAAGUUUUCAUCGGCCGGCCGCAUGUUUGGACUGUCAAUCUCAACAAUCAGGAGGAAGUCGAGGAUGCAGUGAAAGCGAUUUUGAAUCAGAAGAUUGAGCCAUACAUGCCCUACGAAUUUACAUGUGAGGGGAUGUUGCAGCGAAUCAAUGCAUUCAUCGAAAAACAAGACUUCUGUCACGGGCAGGUGAUGUGGCCGCCCCUCAGUGCCCUACAAGUGAAGCUUGCUGAGCCUGGGCAGUCCUGCAAGCAGGUGUGCCAGGAGAACCAGCUUAUCUGUGAGCCGUCAUUCUUCCAGCACCUCAACAAGGACAAGGACCUACUGAAGUAUGAAGUGAUCUGCCAAAGCUCAGAGCUGGCCAAGGACAUCCUGGAGCCCUCCUAUGACCCCAAGAGCAAGCACUGUGUGUUUCAAGGGGACCUGCUGCUCUUCAGCUGUGCAGGCGCCCACCCCAGGCACCGGAGGAUCUGCCCCUGCCGGGACUUCAUCAAGGGCCAAGUGGCCCUCUGUAAAGACUGCCUAUAGCAGCUGCCAGCUCAGCCCCACAUGAAGUCCGCUGGGGAAGAUGGUGGCUCCACUGGGCAGAGACAGGGGGGCAGAAAUCAUUCAGGGACUCUGGCCAGAGCCUGAACUUUUUUGGUCUAAGGUUUGGAUUGGGGAUUGCUCCUGCUGAGGUUAACGCCUCCCCCAGGGAGUUUUCGCCAAAACAAACACAAGAGCAGUUGUGAGGCAAGGAGCCUGGCUUCUUGUGGUACAAGGAACAUCCUUCCUAUUUUGUGAGGAGCAGCUGUAGGGAGAUUGUCAAUGCAGGUGCUCCAGGGUGGGGGAAAAAAAAAAUCUCAUGAUUCAUUUAAAACAAAAGAGAAAUGAGCUGAUUAGAAAGAACUUUGGGAACAUUCCU